GUUCUUUUGUGUCUUUGUUUGUUUAUUAUAAAGAUCUUUAUUAUAAAUAGCUGGUCUUUUACUAAACCCCUUGUAGACUUCUUGUUUUUUUUUUUCCUUCGUUUUUCAUCCAAUCUUCUCUUCUAUGACAGCAUCAUCUCUUCAAGUCAUUGGUGCUGGUUUUGGACGGACUGGAACAGUGAGCUUACAAGCUGCUCUUAAUAAACUAGGUUACAAGACUCAUCAUUGUGCCAACCUGUAUGGGGAUGAAACUCAAGAUCCUGGUGUUUGGCUCCGAGCAUUUGAUCAUCCUGAUACUCACAAUGAUGAAUGGGAUAAAGUAUAUGGAGAUUAUACAGCAGCUGUGGAUUUCCCUACUGCUGUCUUUUAUAAAGAACUUAGUGAAAAAUAUCCUGAAGCCAAGUUCAUCUUAACCGUCCGAAGUCCUGAAAGUUGGUAUGAAUCCACUCAAAAAACAGUUUUCCAAGCAAUCAAUCUUCCAAUGAAAGGUCAUCAUAAAAAAGUACGUGAUAUUUUAAAACGUAUUACGCUAGAUGGUGUCAUGGAUGAAGAAGGCAUGCCUAGGGCACACGACAAGGAAUACAUGUGUCGAUUAUUUAUGGAUCAUAACGAGCGUGUCAAACAAACUAUCCCAGCUGAUCGUGUGCUCAUCAUGAAUUUAGGUGAUGGGUGGGAACCUCUAUGCCACUUUCUGGGUAAACCUAUUCCGGAUGAACCUUAUCCACAUAUGAAUAAAAGAGACACUUUCUAUGAAAAGGUGGCUUUUCUUAAUCUCUGUUAACAUUUCGCCAUCCAUUUCCUAUCCAAAUAUUAUGCCGUUGGUUGAUCAAUUACUUUUUCUUAUCAUAAGAUGUUGAUCAUAAUAUACAAACAAAUACAAACACAAAUAAAUAAAUGA